AUGUACCCUGGAGGAGGCCAACCACCGCACGGAUACCCUCAGCAGCCCGGAUACCCUCCGCAACAAGGAUACCCGCCCCAGCAAGGAUACCCUCCCCAGCAAGGAUAUCCUCCCCAGCAAGGAUACCCUCCGCAACAAGGAUACCCGCCUCAGCAGGGUUACCCGCCUCAGCAAGGCUAUCCACCUCAGCAGUACCCCCCGCAGCCUGGUUACCCCGCGCAUGGUCACCAUGCCCCGCAGCCCGGUUAUCCUGCACACGGCCACCACGCACCUCAGCCCGGUUACGCCUACGCCCAACCUGCAUACGUUGCGCAGCCUGGCGUUGUGAUCGCCGGUGGCAAGAUGAAGCACGGUAAGUACAAGCACGGCAAGCACAAGGGUCACAAGUUCAAGGGCCACAAGUACAAAGGUUUCAAGGGCAAAGGCUUUAAGAAGAUGGGUAAGAAGAUGAAAAAGAUGUUCAAGUAG